CCCGCCCCCUUAUCUCAUUGGUCUGUCUCCACGCUAACCCUCAGCUCAUUGGCUUAGCCUUCGGUCUUCUCUGCCCACUGUUGGGCCCCGCCUCCUCUAGGCUCCACCCAUACCUGCUCUCCCGCGUAAGACACGCCCCUUGUGGGCCCUUAUAAUGCUCCUGGACCAAGUUGGGUCUUCUCUUCCGGCUCCUGGGCCACGCCCACCCUGCAUAUGCCCCGCCCCUCCGCCCCAGGCUCUGCCCAUUUCUUUCGGGGUCCGGAUCCCCUUUUUCGCUCAGGUUCGGAAUCUCCCUAGUUUCUUUAGACGCGGCCGGUGCACCUGCUGCGGGAGUCGGACUAGGCCCCGCCCCUGUAGUAAGCCACGCCCAGUCCCUACGCCCCGCCCACAGCUCCUCGGUUCCCCUUGAAGGCUCUUCCGCAGCCUCCGCAGCCGGGUCCUGGCAGGUUCCGCCCCCACCCCCAGCCCAAGUCCUUGUCACCGUCGCGCCCAAGUGUUUACCUGGCACUUAGGUGAGUCGCGCGCGGUGGCAUUUGCGAUCUGAGCCGUCCACCUCUUCCCUCAGCGUGUUCCUCAAGCCCCGACGACACGGAGGGGUCCCAGACGAAAGGCGGUGGGCGCCUGAGCCCCGUUCCCGCCUCGCCCCUGCUGCCCGGGUCCCAGGACGACCCCUCCGACGGUGACACUGUCGUUGUCCCAAAGCACGGCGACAUGCCCGAGCUGGUGGUGACGGCGCUGCUGGCGCCGUCGCGCCUCUCGCUGAAGCUGCUGCGCGCCUUCAUGUGGAGCCUCGUGUUCUCGGCGGCGCUGGGGGGGGGCGGGGGCUGCAUCGCGCUCGCGCAUGUGCUGUGCCGGCCCCGGCGCGGCUGCUGCGGGCGCCCCCGGUGCAAGGCUCCCGCCUGCCUCAACGACCCCUCACUGGGCGAGCACUGCUUCCUGAACCUCCCGAGCUCGGGCCUGCGCCUGCACUACGUCUCCGCUGGAAAAGGCAACGGACCGCUCAUGCUUUUUCUGCACGGCUUCCCUGAGAAUUGGUUUUCCUGGCGUUACCAGCUUCGGGAGUUCCAGAGCCGCUUCCACGUCGUGGCUGUGGAUCUGCGUGGCUAUGGCUCCUCGGAUGCACCCAAAGAUGUGGACUGCUACACCAUGGACCUGCUGAUGGCCGACGUCCGAGAUGUCAUCCAGGGUCUGGGUUACUCCAAAUGCAUCCUCGUGUCUCACGACUGGGGCGCUCUCAUCGCCUGGAAUUUCUCCAUCUACUACCCGUCCCUGGUUGAGCGGAUGGUUGUGGUCAGCGGCGCCCCCAUGUCAGUAUACCAAGAUUAUUCUCUGCGUCACAUCAGCCAGCUCUUCCAUUCCAGCUACAUGUUCCUGUUCCAGCUUCCCUGGCUGCCUGAGAAGUUGUUGUCCAUGUCCGACUUUCAGAUCCUGAAGUCCACCCUCACCCACCGCAAGACAGGCAUUCCGCACUUGACCCCCAACGAGCUCGAGGCCUUCCUCUAUGACUUCUCACAGCCCGGUGGCCUCACAGGGCCCCUCAACUACUACCGCAACCUCUUCAGGAACUUCCCCUUGGAGCCCCAGGAACUGGCUACACCCACCCUGCCGCUGGGGGGGGCCAAGGACUCUAGCGCGCCGGCCCCCCCCGCCAGCCGCUUCGUGCCAGGCCGACUGGAGGCCCACAUCCUGCUAGCUGCGGGGCACUGGAUCCCACAGACCCACCCUCAGGAGAUGCACCAGUACAUGUGGGCCUUCUUGCAAGACCUGCUGGACUAGCAUCCCUUGCUCAGCUCCGACACAGGGACCCUCGAGAACACACACCCGCUGCCGUCUGCGUGUACCUGGAAGUCCGUGCAGUACACGUACCCAGGCGGACUCCUGGAUCAGCCAUAAACACGGAACUCCCGGAUGACACACGAAAUGCAUCCGCGGAUGCUCUCCGGCACAGCAAACCCUGCGUUCACACAGAGUUCACAUGCGAGCUGGCGCUUUGGGGCCUGGAUAUGCUUGCUCCUCCUCUGUGGAGCUCGAGGCUCCGAUGCAGGGUCCUGUCUCUCCCCUCCCUGCAACUGGAUACUUCUGUUUAUCCAAGUUGGUCCCCAAGUCUGCACAGACCAGAAAACUCUGAGCUUCCAGUCCCUAAGUUCACCUCCAGUCUGGAUCUUCAGCUAAAUGCGUUUCUUUCCAACACGGUCCUUCUAGCAUCCUCUGGCUACUUCAACUUCAACUUCAGUUAAAAUGAAAUAUAAUUAAACAUGCUGAGCCUCAGUUUCA